AGAUAAGGUAGAACUUGAUUGACGGCCUUUCAAAAAUCCAAGUUAAAAUUAUAGUUCACAAGCUGUUACUUCAAUUUCAAUAUACAGGUAACUUAGGCCCAGGAAGGUGUUAUUGAUACUUCCUGAAUGGAUCGCCUCACGCCUCCCAACAAUGUGACUGAAUUUAUUCUCUUGGGACUCACACAGAAUCCACACUUGCAGAAAGUUCUCUUCAUUGUCUUUUUGUUCAUUUUCCUAUUUACCGUGCUGGCCAAUCUGCUCAUUGUCAUUACCGUCUCCCUCAGCCCCACACUUUUGGCUCCCAUGUACUUCUUUCUCACAUACUUGUCUUUCAUAGAUGCCUCUUACACUUCUGUCACCACCCCCAAAAUGAUCAUCGACCUGCUGUACCAGAGGAGAACCAUCUCCUGGGGUAGCUGCCUAACUCAGCUCUUUGUGGAGCACUUCCUGGGAGGGUCAGAGAUCCUCCUCCUCAUUGUCAUGGCCUACGAUCACUAUGUGGCCAUCUGCAAACCCCUGCACUACCUGACCAUCAUGCGACAGGGACUCUGCCGCCUCCUGGUGAUGGUAGCCUGGAUUGGGGGGCUACUGCAUGCCACUGUACAGACUCUUUUCAUAGUCAACUUGCCCUUCUGUGGUCCCAAUGUUAUUGACCACUUCGUGUGUGAUCUCUUCCCACUGCUGAAACUUGCCUGCAGCGACACCUAUAGGCUCGGAAUGGUAGUGGCGGCCAACAGUGGGACCAUGUGUUUGCUCAUUUUUCCCGUGCUGCUCAUCUCCUACAUAGUCAUUCUGAGCUCCCUGAAAUCCCACGGCACUGAAGGACGGCGCAAAGCCCUCUCUACAUGUGGCUCCCACUUUACUGUAGUUGUACUCUUUUUUGUGCCUUGCAUAUUCACCUACAUGCGUCCUGUGGUCACCUACCCUGUGGACAAGUUGGUGACUGUGUUCUUUGCAAUCCUCACUCCAAUGUUUAAUCCUAUCAUUUACACAGUGAGAAACACAGAGGUGAAAAAUGCCAUGAGGAAAAUUUACCAGCAGAAGUCUUAA